AUGCAUUAUUUUCUAAUUUAUUUCUAUGAACAAAAAUCCAUCACAACACAAGAAACAAAUACGGACGAUUGUGUUGAAGAAUAUGUUGUAAAUGAGGAGGAGUUUGAUGAUGAUGCGCCAUCAACGCAUGCAAAUUUGUCGUUUACUAAUCUAAUCAAACAAUUUCCACCAACUACAUCUUCUUCACUACAAGAGAUAGAUAUAGUUGAUACAGAUAUAAAUAAAGAAUCAUAUAUUUUUACAGAUGAAAAUCAAGAGCAACAUAAUAAUCAAAACAAUUCAACUUGGUCUCCUUUAAACUCAACAAAAAUGCUAAGAACAACAUCUAAAAAUCCAAAAUUAUUAUUUAAUAACAGUCAUCAAAAACAAUCUAACAAUAAGAAACAUUGCAUGACCUCAGCCGGUGAAAAGUUUGAAGACCUUGCAGAGACCAAAAUGGAGUUGGUAUCUCUGCAACAACAACUUGUUAGACAAGAACUUUUACAGUCGUCUAUUGAACACGAAACAAAAUUAAAAUAUAUGGCAGAAGAACAUGCAUUAAAACUUGAGAUCUUAAGAGUUGAGUUAGAAAUUAAAAAAAAAAAUAAUUUAAUUAAAUUUAAUAUAAAGCUAAUAAAAGCUAUAAAAAGCUUUUUUUUUAACUUUCUUAAAAUGUUGAGCCAUCAAUAA